AUGGAUGACCGGCAAGCCACCAACAAUGAACCCUCGGCGGAGCACGCUCCAUGCGUGCCCAAGGAGAAGGAAACAAUGCCCUCGAAUACCGUCGUCCUCGUCGACUCUGGCACGGACUGUAUGGAGAGCGCCACAUCAGCCGAAGGACUCCAUCGCGACAUGUCCAUCGCCACCAUGUUCCUCCUGGGCCUCAGUGGCGGGAUCGGAACCGCGCUUUUCGUCAGCAUCGGCGGUCCUCUCAACUCGGCCGGCCCAGGCGGCCUGCUCCUCGCGUUUCUCAUUUACGGCAUCAAUCUCGCCCUGAUUAACAGCGCCAUGGCGGAAAUGUCCACGUAUAUGCCCGUCAGCGGCGGCUUCAUCCGGCUGGCGGGAUACUGGGUGGACGACGCCCUUGGGUUCGCCGCCGGAUGGAACUUCUACAUCUACCUCGGCCUGAUUGUCCCGUUUGAGAUUACAGCUUUGAGCCAGGUCGUGUCCUUUUGGAGCCCCGACAUUCCCGCCGCCGCCAUCUGCGCUACUUGCAUCAUCCUGUACAUUGCGAUUAACGUCUUUGCCGUUCGAGUCUAUAGCGCCAGCGAAUUCUGGCUCUGCAGCGGCAAGACUCUGCUCCUCAUGAUGCUCAUGGUCUUCACUGUCGUUGUCAUGUGUGGCGGCAACCCCGACCGCGACGCAUUCGGAUUUCGAAACUGGCACAGCCCGGAGCCGUUCUUGGAGUAUAUGAGCACCGGAUCGAUUGGAAGAUUCGAAGGGGUUCUCACCGCGCUCUCGUUUGCAUCAUUCACCUGCGUGGGGCCGGAAUUCGUCAGCGUCGCCGCCGGCGAGGUCAAGCACCCGCGCACCUACGUCAAGACGGCCUGCAAGGUGUUAUUUGCGCGCAUCAUUCUGUUUUACAUUGGAGGCUGUCUGGUUGUUACCAUCGUCGUAUCGCCCAAGGACAAGGUCUUAGAGGCGAUUUACCAGGCUGGGACUGGGCAGGCGGGAGGCGCGGCCGCGUCGCCUUUCAUCAUCGCCAUGCAGAAUCUCAACAUCAGAGGGCUUCCUCACAUCAUUACAGCCUUGUUUCUCGUCACCAUUUUUGCCGCGGGCAAUACCGCGCUCUACAGCGCGACUCGUUGCCUGUAUGGGCUCUCUUUAGAAGGUCGGGCUCCCAAGUUCCUAAGCAAGGUGAAUAAAUCGGGGGUACCGAUCUAUUGCUUCCUUGUGACUAUUGCUUUUCCGUUCCUCUCUUUUCUUCAGCUGAGCAACGGAACUGCUACUGUCCUGACGUGGCUUAUUAACCUCGCCACGAGUGCCACGCUCAUCUAUUACAUCACUGGCCUCAUCGCAUCGAUCUGCUUCAACCGCGCUUGUCAGGCUCAAAACUUUGAUCGAAACAAGCUACCAUAUCGAUGCUGGCUUCAGCCGUAUGGCGCGUGGGUUGCACUGGCCCUCGAGAUUUCCAUCCUUCUAUUCAGUGGCUACCGGACCCUGUCUCCCUUCCGCGUGGCGGGCUUUGCUACGGCCUAUGGUAUGCCUAUUGUUUUUCUUGUCUUGUUCAUUGGUUGGAAGGUUGCCAAGAAGACGGCAUUUGUCAGGGCGAAAGACGUGGACCUUAUCUGGGAGGCUCCUCUCGUUGAUGCAUACGAAGCGUCAUCGGUCGAUGCACCGGUAGGUUUUUGUAGAGAUGUCUGGACAACGUUGAGAGGUUUUGUGUUGCGGAGAAGCAAGAAUACUGCGGAGGUUUAG